GAGGAGAAGGAGGAGGAGGAGGAGGGGUGCAGUCUGGGCGGGGCUGCACGAGGAGCCGGAGCGGCGGGCCUCACUCUCCUCACCCCCCACCGGGCCGAGGGGCGAAAGGCUUUGGCGAUGGAGGCGGCUCCUUGGAUAGCUCGGGUCAAGCUACGCCGCGGCAGAUACUUCCAUAAAGGGCCUAGAAGAAACUUCCUCAUUGAAAGCCUGAAAAACCAGCAUAUGUAACACCUGGACUUGUGGAUAUAGUCUGACAAAAUGGCAGAAAAUAAUUCUAAAAAUGUAGAUGUGAGACCCAAAACCAGUCGGAGUAGAAGUGCAGACAGAAAAGAUGGUUAUGUGUGGAGUGGGAAAAAGCUCUCUUGGUCCAAAAAGAAUGAGCACUCUUCUGAUACUGAUGCACCAGGUGCCGCAGAGAAAGCUGACAUCCCUUUAGGGAGCCCAGAGAGGAAGUACAGCUGUUCAUCCAUUGAGUUGGAUUUAGAUCGCUCAUGUGGUCACAGAUUUUUGGGCCGGUCUCUUAAACAGAAACUGCAAGAUGCUAUGGGACAGUGCUUUCCCAUAAAAAAUUGUAGCAGUCGACACUCUCCAGUGCUCCCAUCAAAAAGAAAAAUUCUUAUCAGUGAACUCAUGUUAGAUAAGUGUCCUUUCCCACCUCAGUCAGAGCUGGCCUUUCGUUGGCAUUUAAUUAAACAACACACUGCCCCUAUAACUCCAAAAUCAGAUAACCGCAGAAGCACAGACUUAUCUGAAAGUGAUAUGAGGGAUGUCCAACUGAAGGAAAGAGGUAACAGGGAAGAAAGUGUAAACUCUUUUUCACAUACUCAGGUUCAGCCAUGUGACACAACUACUGAUAACCAUUCACACCAGUGUGAUUCAAAGACUGAUUCUGUAAUGAACCUGGCAUCCAAUACCAGUAUAGAAGAUAGCGAUAUGGAUUCAGAUGAUGAAAUUUUAACACUUUGCACAAGUUCUAGAAAAAGAAACAAACCAAAAUGGGAAACUGAUGACGAAAUGCUGCAGUUGGAAACACCUCCUAAGUACCACACUCAGAUAGAUUAUGUUCAUUGUCUUGUUCCAGAUCUCCUUCAGAUCAAUAACAAUCCAUGUUAUUGGGGAGUAAUGGACAAAUAUGCAGCUGAGGCAUUACUGGAAGGAAAACCAGAGGGAACCUUUUUACUUCGUGACUCAGCGCAGGAAGACUAUUUAUUCUCUGUUAGUUUUAGACGCUAUAGUCGUUCUCUUCAUGCUAGGAUUGAACAAUGGAAUCACAACUUUAGCUUUGAUGCUCAUGAUCCUUGUGUCUUCCAUUCUCCUGAUAUUACUGGACUCUUAGAACAUUAUAAAGACCCAAGCUCUUGUAUGUUCUUUGAACCACUUUUAUCCACUCCUUUAAAUCGGACUUUCCCCUUUUCCCUUCAGCAUAUAUGCAGAACAGUUAUUUGUAACUGUACAACCUAUGAUGGCAUUGAUACCCUCCCAGUUCCUUCAUCUAUGAAAUUAUAUCUGAAGGAAUAUCACUAUAAAUCAAAAGUUAGAGUACUCAGGAUUGAUGUACCAGAACAAUAAUGCUAGGGAGGAUUAGUGGCAUUUGACUGACUGAUCACAUAAAAGUUCUUUCAUGGCUUUUUCAAGUUUUUUUUUUCUUUUGCCAUUUUGAAAUUUUCUACAAGGUUAAAAUCCAAAUUAACUUGUACCCUAACCUUUAUUUCCAGAUACUUUUUUGGGAGGGCUGUGAUACACACUAUUAUUUUAAUGUUAUUCAGUAAGGCUUUAUGGACUUAAGGAAAUAGGUCUUCUGAAGUUCCUUGUAGCAGUUAUUCUUUAGACUUUAAAUUUUAUUCAUUUAAAAAUUUUUAAUUGGCAUAUCUACAGACAUGUUUAAAUCAUCCUAUAAAUGACAAACUAAAAAUUGAGUAUUUUCUAUUUUAUACACUUAUUUAAUACUAAUGCAGUACCCACCAUAUAAAGUAUAAUUCUUUGUUAAUCUAGUUCUGACAUUACUAUUCCUCUACGUAAAAUAGUUUUUCUAGCCUCUUUUUAAUUAGUGCUUAUCCUUUCUUCCAGUAAGAUGGACCACCCUGUUAAUAUUUAGACAUGUUUCUAACAUAGCAGAUCUUCAUAAUUUAUUAAUAAUGGUGUUAAAGAUGACAGCAAACUUACCUGUAGAUUAAAUGAUACAUCUGAUGGCAUAAGAAGCUUACACAGCAACUGUCUGCAUAGUUUCCAGUCUAUUCUUUACAAUGGAUUCCAUCAUCAAUUUCCUGUCUUUCUCACCCUGCCAUAACUUUCUAGACAGAAGCCUUUUAUUUAAGAAUAAAACUUAUACUGUAUUUUCA